AUGCGAUAUGGAACAGUUAUCAGUCUUUUCCCAGAUGUGGUGAGAGAUGGAUCUGAUGAAAAUGCAGAUCUUCUGGGUCGUUGGUGUGGUAACGAAGUCCCUGCAGUUUUGUCAUCAACAGGAAAUAACCUAUAUAUAGAAUUUAGAUCAGAUGUCUCUACAGCAGGAAAUGGAUUCAAAGCUGACUACACUACAGGGUGUGGAGGAACCUUUACAACUGAGGAAGGAACCAUUCAGUCACCAUACUUCCCUAAUGCUUAUCCUGGCAACAAAGAAUGUAUCUAUAUCAUAAGUUUACCUGCAGGCAGCAGGAUCACCUUGACCUUCAGUUCUUUUGACGUUGAAGACUCGUCAGAUUGUAGCUAUGAUUAUGUAGAGAUUCGUGAUGGAACAAGUGCUGAUUCAGGAAUCCUCAAUAAAUUUUGUGGAAGUCAGGUUCCAGACCCAGUAACAACAACACAGAACAGCAUGUGGGUUAAGUUUGUCUCUGAUGGUUCUGUCCAUAAUACAGGAUUCCAAGCUUCCUAUGCUGCCAGUAGUGCAGCUUGUGGUGGUGUACUGACAGAGGAUACAGAUAGCUUUACAAGUCCAGGUCAUCCUAACUUUUAUCCACAUGGAGUUAACUGUACAUGGCAGAUACGAGUCAGUCCAGGUCACGUAAUACGGCUGACCUUUAACACAUUCAGCAUUGAAGAUAAUUCUGACUGCCGUUUUGAUUAUGUACAGGUUUUUGACAAUGCAACAGCAACUCCUGGUAGUGGUUUGGGAAGAAAAUGUGGCUCAACAAUCCCUCCAGUGUUGACAUCAUCAGAUAAUGUAAUGUCAGUUGUUUUUGUGUCUGAUAACAGUAUAGCUCAUGAAGGAUUUUCAGCCUCUUACGUUGCUCUUAAUGCAUCAACAUUGUGUGGUAAUGCUUUGACAGAACGAACAGGACUAAUUACUAGUCCUAAUUACCCCAGCAACUACCCACAUAACAGGGAGUGUGUAUGGACAAUAACAGCUAAUGAUGGGAACCAGAUUUUACUGAACGUUACAGAUUUUGAAUUGGAAACACAUGCUUCAUGUGUGUUUGACUUUUUAGAAAUCAGGAAUGGAGGAUACCAGACUUCACCAUUACUUGGGACAUACUGUGGCACCACAAUUGAUCCAAUAUUACGUUCCCAUAGCAACCAAAUGUACCUGAAAUUUAAGUCUGACUACUCACGAUCAGCUAAAGGAUUCCAGAUUUAUUAUGAUUCUACAGCCUCUGGUUGUGGUGCUGAUUUAACUACACCAACCGGUAGUUUUGUUUCUCCUAACUAUCCAGCACCAUACAGUCACAAUGCUGAAUGUUUCUGGACUAUAACUGUCUCCAGAGGGAGUACUAUAACAUUGGUCUUUGUGGACUUCGACCUGGAAAAUCAUCACAGAUGUACAUAUGAUUAUGUAAAGAUUCGAGAGGAUGGACCACAUGGACAGCAGCUAGCCCAUUAUUGUGGUUCACAACCACCAGAACCUGUGACCUCUAGCACUAACAAAGUAUGGAUAAAAUACAGGACAGACCACUCUGUAUCAGGACGGGGAUUUCAUGCUACAUACUUUUCAAAUUGUAAUGUCAGACUGACAUCAUGGAGUGGUGUAAUAGAGAGUCCCAAUUUCCCUAAUGCAUACUAUCACAACAGGAACUGUUCCUGGGUUAUACAGACAACUAUGGGGAAUACUAUUAAUGCUUCAUUCUCACACUUUGACAUAGAAUCACAUUCCAGUUGUCAAUAUGACUAUUUACAGAUACGUGAUGGUGAAAACAUGGAAGCUAAUGAGAUUGGUCAAUAUUGUGGCAGCAGCUUGCCACCAACUAUUGCAUCUACUGGAAAUACCUUAUGGCUCAACUUUAUGUCAGAUUAUUCUGUGGCAGGGAAUGGAUUUAGAUUGGAAUACAUUACAAAUGGUUGUGGUGGAUAUUUAGUGUCAACAACAGGAAGUUUUACCAGUCCUAACUAUCCCAAUCCUUAUCCGUAUCGUCGGGAGUGUGUUUGGGUGAUAUCACUACCAACAGGCAAUGCUGUAGAACUGACAAUAGUCGACUUUGACCUUGAAACCCAUUCUUCAUGUCAAUUUGAUGUUUUAGAGGUGUACGAAGGAUCAGACACAUCCGGACCCCAGCUGACGAAGAUUUGUCACAAACAGAAAAAACCACAGCUGUUGACAUCUAGUGGCAACAUAAUGUAUGUACGGUUUGCAAGUGAUAGUUCUGUUAGUGGUAAUGGAUUUAGAGUAACAUACAGAGGCAUUACUGGAGCCAAAAAGUAG